CUUCCCAUUGUGUUGCUGUUAAUGAUAUUUUAACUCAAAACAUGUACUAUCAAAGCAUCGACAUUCUGAUUUGAAAAUCCAUUUUAGAGCAUAAAGAUCUGGCACUCCUUUUAUCAAUAUUCAAGUAUCAUUCCGCACAUCAUAACUCUGAAGUUGCCAAGUACCGAUGGAUGGACGAGCGAUAACCUGCUGCCACCUCCAGCUAUACAAUCACCUAAAUCCAUCCUACUGCUGUGUUUUUGAUAACAAGUCCCUAUAUUAUAGAUUCAUGUCAUCCAUCUGUGAGGAAAUAAAAGUCAUCAUCCUCAGAACUUUACCCAACCUGUCUGAGGAUAUUGUACAACUGGUCGUCUCAACACUGAAAAGCUCCUGUGUGGAAUCAAAAGCAGACCUCAAGUAUGUGCAGGAUGAGAUCAAAGACCUCUUGCCUGUUAUCCAGCAAAGGAAACUUCUGGAGGCAUUCAAAAUGGAAACUACAACAGUCGUGCUUGAUCUCCACCCCUUGCCAGAUGACUUGGCACAUCAAAAGUCUGCAGGCGGAAGUCUGUCUUUGCUCUCCAGUCCAUUGCCUUGCUCCUCUUCAUCUUCACUGCCUGGCUUUUCGUCCUUAUCAAGCUCUUCACCAGCUUCAGCACCUCCUGAGAUUGAGUGGAGUAAGCCAGCCCGCCAUAAUAUCCAGUAAAUGGCAUGAGACCUUUCAAGUCCAUCCAUUUUCUACUGCUUAUUCCCUUCGGGUCGCGGGGGCACUGGAGCCUAUCUCAGCUACAAUUGGGCGGAAGGCGGGGUACACCCUGGACAAGUCACUACCUCAACCUUUCAAGUCCCAUGGGAUACAAUGCCUGCUGAAGUGCAGUCAGCUAUCGCCAACAGCAGGAGACCUGCUCCUGACAAGCGACGCCAAAUGAUUAGAAUCCUUGUGGAUGAAAUGAGAAGAUGUCUGCCACUGCAGCCGAUGUGGAGCGGACACUGACCCUCCCGACCAGUCCACGACUGAUACUGCUGGAUGGGGAGUUGACUCUUCGUAUCAUCCAGCUGUUGAUGGCCUAUUUUGAUGAAAGAAGAGAUGCACUGAUACUCCUUGCAGAUAUGUCUGCCACUGCAGCCGAUGUGGAGCGGACACUGACCCUCCCGACCAGUCCACGACUGAUACUGCUGGAUGCUGGUGACAAAGUCACAAUAAAACGUUGGAUGAUCAACAUGGAAGGUGAUGUCAUCUGCGAAGGCGUCCAACCUAGCUUCAUCUCAGGGCUUGCUGCCCUUCUUGCCACCUACUAUGUGUUCAACUUGGAAUACCAAGAGGAAGGUGCUCGGACAUUGGAAUUUGUUCAAAGGGACCGAAGCACCCGUUUGACUCUAGGAUACAGAGAAGGUAGGUAAUGUGCAGUAAAGAUAUGUUGACUGGCUCAAAGAAGGAAGCACCUGUUUGACCUCAUGAUGCAGAAAAAGUAGGUAAUUUGCAGGUAAAGAUAUGUUGACCGGGUGA